CCUCGGUACAGUGAGUCCGCGUGUGCGUACACUACCCACUGGCUGUCUGUGAUACUCAUCUAACCUAACUGGAUUUGAUAUGGUCGUUAUUUUGAGGGAGCCCGGGUCGCCGGCCAUGUCUGCCUACGGGUUUGCUCGGGGAGGACCUUCCCGCCUGGCGGACUGGGACAUCAACGAUUCUAGUGUGCCCAGGGUUAGCGAGUUCAACCAGUGGCAGGAGUGGGCUGACGGUCAUUGCAGACUCGUCUACCCACCGUCCAGCGAGGAAGCCAAGAGACAUGCCAGUGGCUGGGCGAUGAGGAACACCAACAACCACAACGUCCACAUCCUCAAGAAGUCCUGCCUCGGAGUCCUGGUCUGCUCGAGGCGCUGCGUCUUGCCCAACGGAGAGUCCAUCCACCUCAGGCCUGCCAUCUGCGACAAAGCGCGGAAAAAACAGCAAGGGAAACCCUGUCCCAACCGUCAGUGUACCGGACGUCUGGAGAUCCUACCUUGCAGAGGACACUGUGGAUAUCCUGUUACGCACUUCUGGAGGCAUACGGAGCACGCCAUCUUCUUUCAGGCUAAGGGAGUGCACGAUCAUCUCAGGCCUGAGGCCAAGUCUACCAGCGAGGCCCGAAGAAGUCUGGGCGCAGGAAGGAGGGUGAGAGGAUUGGCUGUGCUCCUCGCCCGAGAGGCAACUCUAGGAAAUAAGCUGCUGACGCUAAGAGACCCCAAAAGGUCACCUUGUGACUCCGAUGAUCCCGUGAACCACAGAACUCUCCUGCCGCCUCCACUCAUCUCCGACACUGACAAGACUGGCUACAGUUGUUCGUGUCCACCCUUCGAGUGUGUCUGCUCCUCCCGAGUGUGCUCCGGGCAGUUGGUACACCCGCAGAGCAGUUGGGAUGGCUACUGGCUAGGGGACACCCCCGCGGCUCACCCUCUGCCGCAGGACACACCCGAGCACUAUUUCGAGGGCAACCCGGCCACACCGCUCUCUUACGACUUCAACAUCUGCAACGAUCUCUUCCAGCCCGAGGAAAUCUUCCAGCUGGACCAACCCCUGAGGACGAACGAUCUCACCGUACCCGCGGAACCCACUUCUAAGUCUCCCACCACUCUUCUGGAUCUCGGCAGCGGCACAAUCCACCGCAGCAGUUUGAAGACGGAGCCCGAACCCUACUGGAUGCUCCCCGGAGCCUCCAUGAGCCUGGAGGACAGCAACAGCAGCUGUCGGUUACCUCAGUGUUCUCCGGAGUCGUUGUCCCAGACCCCGCUGGAGGACAACACCGCGUGUUCCAUCACCAGGCCUCAGUACUCCCCGGACUACGUGCAACGAGUGAAUUUAGGCUUUAUGAACUUUCAUUUUGAGGAUAAAGACAAUGCGUAUUCCAAGUUCCAAGCAGAGGACCAGUCCAGAAUGUUCCCCUACGACGAAGCCAGGUACCAGAACUGCGCGGAACCCCUGAUGACCCCUAGUCUUCCCGGUGAGGAGUACCCACCUUGUGUUCCCACUCAGGAAUCCCGCCUCCCGGGACCCUACCACGACCCGGUCCCGGGUCCCGAGUGUUACCCAAGACCCUCACACUUCCUGCCCGACCAAAGCAACAGCUCCCAGGAAGACCCUUCCCUCGCGUACCCUCAAGCCACACCCGCACUCCACGACUCCAACUUCUUCCAGGCGUUCCAGUACCAGAACAACAACUACUUCCAGCACCUACCGCACCACUAGUGUUAGUCUGUAAAUAAAUAAUUAAUUGUACAAACUAUUUAAAUACAAAUUACGCUUUUUAGUUUU